GGGAGGUCGUCGAGACGCUCGGUGAGUCUAGUCAUCGCCCAGACAUUUGUCGUUCUUGAAGACCAGGACUGAACCCAUGAUACCGUGCAUAUCAUCACUACCAGGUACGGGUACUUUCGGGAGAGUCCUUCUCGUCCGCCUCCGUCCACCCUACCGGUCCAGCUCGUAUCACCCCAUCUUCCCCAGCCUCAAAUAUGCCCCAGCGGAAUCCGGAGAACCUACACCGGAACAGACUUCCUACGCCGACGCUCAACUACCACACUAUGCAAUGAAGGUCCUGGCGAAGAGCGAGAUUGUCAGGCUGAAACAGGUGGAACACAUCAAUUCCGAACGAGCGAUCUUGGAGAGGGUCCGGCAUCCUUUCUUGGUCGAAUUAUACGGAACGUAUCAGGAUCACCUUAACGUAUACAUGUUGCUGUCGUACGUGCCAGGGGGUGAACUCUUCAGCCACCUUCGUCGAGCCGGUCGCUUUACGGCCGAUGUAACGAGGUUCUACAUCGCUUCGAUCAUCCUCGCCAUCGACUACCUGCAUGAACGGGAUAUCAUCUACCGAGACCUGAAGCCGGAAAAUCUGCUCUUGGAUCGGGAUGGGUAUCUACGGAUAGCAGAUUUUGGAUUUGCUAAAAUCGUCGAGGAUCGGACAUUUACUCUGUGUGGCACUCCCGAGUACCUCGCUCCAGAGAUUGUCCUGUCAAAAGGACAUGGCAAGGCGGUCGAUUGGUGGGCACUGGGUAUCUUGGCAUUCGAGAUGUUGGCCGGCUAUCCACCAUUCUUUGAUGACCAUCCGAUGGGUAUAUAUGAAAAGAUUUUGGCCAACAAGAUCGCUUUCCCGAGUCACAUAGAUCCUUAUGCAAAGGAUCUUAUCAGACGGUUAUUAACGGCGGACCGAUCUAAGCGUCUCGGAAACUUGCGAGGAGGAGCGCGCGACGUCAUGAGCCAUCGCUGGUUUACCGGUGUGGACUGGAGCACGCUCGAGCGCAGAGCUAUCGGUGCACCGAUUAUUCCGCAUGUCGCCUCACUAGGCGACUCGCAAAACUUCCAACGGUAUCCGCCGCCUAAGCCUGCGGAUCUGCCAGGCAUACUGGGCAUACCGCAAGGUGCGGCGGACGACCCAUACAAGCAUCUGUUCAACGAUUUCGUCUUUCCUCCGGCGGCCUCGUAGAUUAGUCUGUCGAGAGUCCAACGAGAGCGGAUCUUAGUACGGCUCCGUAUGUCUUGCGUAUUUGGAGCGAACGAAAAGAUCAAGAUAUUGUAUAGCAUCUAGUCCAGGAGUUGUAAGAGUAUAAUGGGUAUGUUUUCGCUGAAUACAGAUCGACUUCCGGUCGCGGAUGGUUUGGUGU